AUGAAGGAAUAUUAUCUACAUAAUGAUCAAAAUAAUCAUAAAUGCAUUUCUAGAAGGAAUAAACAUUUACAUAAAAUUCAUUUAGCUAAUACACGAUAUGAUAUUAUUAGAAGAGUAGUGAACGAAUCAGACGACUGGACUGAAUCUUGUCCAGAAUCAAAUGAUUGGGAUGUUAUGUGGAUAGACACAUCAAUAUCUGAUGAUAGGUUUAGGAAAUUACACAAAUUUCAGAAAAUUAAUCAUUUUAUUGGAAUGAAAGGCAUAACAAGAAAAGAUGAAUUAUGUAAAAAUUUAAAAAGGAUAAAAAAACAUUUCCCUCAUAGCUAUAAUUUUUUUCCUCCGACAUGGAUUUUGCCUAAUGAUAAUUUUGAUUUUAAAAAUUAUUAUAAAAAAAAAAAAAGUUCCUUAAAAACGUAUAUAGUUAAAUUAAAAAAUUCAUGUCAAGGAAAAGGGAUAUAUUUAACAAAAAGCUUAGACAAUAUAAACAAAUAUGAAAGUUGUGUUAUACAAAAAUAUAUACAUAAGCCACUAUUAAUAAACAAUUUAAAAUUUGAUAUAAGAUUAUAUGUAUUAGUAACUGGUUGUGAUCCUUUAAGGAUAUUUUUACAUGAAGAUGGAUUAGUAAGAUUUUCUAUAGAAAAAUAUAAAUUACCAAAAUCAAAAAAUCUAAAAGAAGUAAAUAUGCAUUUGACUAACUUUUCAAUUAAUAAAAAAUCAGACAAAUUUGAAAAUUCAUUAAAUCCUAAUGAUGCAACAAUAGGGCAUAAAAGAAGUUGGAAAACAUUUUUAGCAAAAUUAAAGGAAGAAGGGUUACCUAUGGAAUCUAUAAUGAAAAAAAUUGAAAAUAUUAUUGUUAAAACAAUAUGUUCUAUACAACCUGAGUUAAAACAUUAUUACAAUGCAUCCCAUAUUAGUGAUUAUUCAAAUAGUAUGUGUUUUGAAAUAUUGGGGUUUGAUAUUUUAUUAGAUUAUAAAUUAAAACCAUGGUUAUUAGAAGUAAAUCAUUCACCUUCAUUUAGUACUUGCUCAUUGGUAGAUGAACAGGUAAAAUAUGCAGUUAUAAGGGAUACCUUAAAUAUUUUAUAUAUGAAUUCCAAAUAUAGACACAUACAUAUUCAAGAAUAUUUAAAUAUACAAAAAUUUAGAAAAAAACAUAGUCAUUUACUAAUAAAUAACAAAACUGAACUAAAAAAAAUGUUAACAUUAUCUCAUUUUAUCUAUGAAAAUAAGCAUCUAGGAGGAUAUAAAAGGAUAUAUCCCUUAGAAGAAUUAUUAUAUUAUGAAAACUUUGUAUUAUUUGUUUCAAAUGCUUGGAAUAAGUCAAUAGGUUUACCUUAUAUCACAAAAACGGGUUCUUUUGAAUAUUUAUUUGAAGAUCAAAAACGAAAAAAAAAAGGAAAAAACCAAAAAGAGAAAUUGGAAUUAAUAGAAAAUGGAACACAAAAUCAAGAUAUAAUACAUACCCCAAGACAGAUUAAACGCAAAAACGGGUAUUUAAGAAACAUAAAUAUUAAUAUUAGCAAUUGCUCUACAUCGUGUUAUGAAGAACCUGGUACGGUAUAUGAUGGGGAUGCAUGCAAAGAAUUCCAAUUUCAGACUUGA